GCCCCGCUCCCGCCCUGCUCCGCGCCCGCCGCCGUUUGAACAGGGACAUGGCGGCCGGCGCGGGGCCGGCGGUGCUGCCCGAGAAAUGGCGGCUGUACCUCGUCUCCUCCCGAGUCGCCACCUUCCGCAACUGGCCCUUCACCGAGGGCUGCGCCUGCACGCCCGAGCGGAUGGCGGCAGCGGGUUUCGUGCACUGCCCCAGCGAGAACAGCCCCGACGUGGCGCAGUGCUUCUUCUGCCUCAAGGAGCUGGAGGGGUGGGAGCCCGACGACGAUCCCCUGGAGGAACACAAAAAGCACUCUGCGGGCUGUGGUUUUCUUUCCCUUCCGAAAGAGCCUGCUAACCUGACACUACAGGAGUUCCUGAAGCUGGACAAAAUGCGAAUAAUAAAGGCAAUUAAAAAAGAGAUUUCUCAGAAGAUGACCGAGGUUGAAGAUGCAGCCAAGAGCACACGUUCUAAAAUAAAGAAUCUGGCCUAGACUGCUGCAGCUUCACACUUGCUAGUGACAUCUUUCUUGUAAAUGUACUGUGGCACUGCCACUGUGACUGAAUAGCUGUUUCCCAAGGCUGCUUCCAGACUGGCUGUCUUGAGAAGCAGGCUGAAUUCUGCUUCACUCACCUGAGUCGGUCUAGGAAGUACCUGUGGUUUGAUAUAUUGCAUACAUAAUCUUUCUCUGCACGGAUUCUCCUAAUCUUUCUGUUGGUUUUAUUAAGGAUUACUACUUGUAGGUUUACUUGUUCUCUUUUUUCUUUUUUUUUUUUUGAAACCCAGCUGUUUAGAGAUAUUGCUGUAUUGUAGAGAUCCUGGUAGCUCUGGUGUUAAAACAUAUUUCUGGCAAGAAUUGACAGGCAUUUCUAUUUUUGUACUGGAUAUACCAAUGCUUUAGGAUAUUUUGGGACAUGAAAAGGGGAAGGAUUUUUUAAAAUCCUUCAGGGAUUUAGGACUGUGGCUAAUAACAUUGCUGUUCUGCCUUCAACUUUUAUCUAUACAUAGAUCAACAGGAGGCAGCAGCCAACUACAAGUUUACAAGGAUACCAGGCACACUAAGCUUUGGUAUAAUUCAAAGUAGUUUUACUUGAUUUUCUGGAGGAAAGGAAUCUCACCUUCAAUGCAAUGGGCUGCACUGAAUGCAGUUUUAACAUCAAAAGGGAAAAUAAGAUCAUCAGCCUCAGUGCUGUUGCCCAAGUGUCAAACUUUUUUAAGCAGCAUUCAUUAGGCAUUAAAGACAUUUCAAAGACAUUCAAAUUUAUUUGUGCCUGGGAAGGUUUGGUUUGUCCCUUUCCUUGCACAAGUUUGGAAAGGAAAAGAAAUUUGCAAAACAGAGUGCAGUCAGUCAGAAACUGCUCUGACCUGCUGGAAAGGAAUGGGGGGAAUCUUGGAGAAAAUAUUUGACUGUUACAGGGCCCAAUCUGAUCGUACAGGGUUGUGAAUUUUGCGACAGAACUGAACACACAUGAUUACAUGCUCCCAAAGUCAAGGAACCUCCAGCUCUAUUUUGGGAAAAAGGUUGUUGUAGUAACACGUUGACGACACCAGUGCUCCUGAGUUUCAUAAGUUUGUUCAAUGUUCUCUGUCCGACCUUACUUGGAACAAUGAAAUAACCUCAUUAUUUCCAGUUGUAACAGCCAAAUCAUAUGCUGAUUGCCCUUCUGCGUUCUUCUUUUGUAUGUUUGCAUUGCAGCUGUAAAUAAAGAACAAAUUGGUUUCAAAUACUUAAA